UUCGGCACUUCUCUUCUCUUUGUUCGCCCCCACGGCGCAAAUCGCCCGCCCCUCGAGUCUCUCCUCAACUCUUACCCCGACAUCCGCGUGGUUCCAUCGGUCUAUGCCAGCGACGCUGUCCGCGGCCUCGCCUCCCGCCCAUCCCUCGUUGCCGCGCUAGCGGCCAUGUACUCGAGGCGCGGCGCUGUCCGAUGCGCCCAUCGGCUGCUCGACCAAAUGCCCGACCGAGACCCCGUCUCCUGGAACAUGGCUAUAUCCGCCUGGUUCCGCGCCGGCAACUCCCGCGCGGCUCGGCAGCUCUUCGACCGUAUGCCGUGGCCUAACGACGUCACCUGGUCCGCCAUGAUCGCCGGGUACUCCCAGAGCGGCCGCGCUCGCGAUUCCUUGCUUAUGUUCAGGAAAAUGAGGAGAGAGGCGGCGUGCACUUUGACUAGUUGUAAUGUUGUUGCCGGCGUUCUCUCUGCCUGCACGCAGUCCGGUGAACUUAGCUUCGGAGCUCAGGUCCAUGGUUUUGCGGUCAAGAUCAGCAGGUACACUGAAGCCGAUGCCUUCGUCGGUGGAGCUUUGGUCGACAUGUAUGGCAGGUGCGGCUGCAUUGGACUUGCUAGGCUUGCAUUUGACUGCAUGGCUGAGAGAACCGUGGUGGCUUGGUCUUCGCUUAUCGCAAACUAUGUGCGUAAAGGUGAUGUUUUGGUGGCUAUAGACGUCUUGAGGGAAAUGAUUCAGGGUGGCACGGAGCCGAACAAUGUAACGUUAACCACCUUGAUCUCUGCAUGCUCCCACAUACCUUUUCUCUCCUACGGACGGGAAUUGCAUGCUGCUGUAGUCAGAAGGAGCUCAAGGAAACCAGACGUGUUUGUGUCAACUGCAUUGAUCGGCAUGUAUUCCAAGUGGGGAUCCCUGUCCUGUGCUCAGAAUGUGUUUCAUAUGGUUGGAAGUCAUUUGGGUUUUUGGCCGACGGCAAUAUGGAACGCGUUGAUCACAGGAUAUGUGGCAAAUGGUAGUCUGGAUGGUGCCUUGAAUACAUUCCAGUACAUGUGCCGGUCAUCUAAUGCAGGAUCACAGUUGAACUCUGUGACCAUGGCUAUUGUUCUUCCUAUCUGCAGUAGAUUGGUGUUGAUACUUCAUGGGGAAGAACUCCAUUGUUAUGCCAUAAAACAUGGUUUGGAAAAAGAGAUUGUUGUAGGAAAUGGGCUUUUGCACUUUUAUAGCAAGUGCGGAAACAUUGCUCUCGCAAGGAAACAGUUUGACAUGAUGACAGAGAAGAACACGAUCUCCUGGACUACGCUGAUCGAUGGCUAUGGAAUGCAAGGUGAUGGACGCAGUGCAAUCAAAGUUUUUGAAAAUAUGGUGAGAGAUGCAACUGUGAAGCCAGACAAUAUCACUUUUGUAGCACUUGUCUCUGCAUGUAGUCAUUCUGGUCUGGUGGAGGAAGGCCUUAGAUACUUUGAAGUGAUGACUCGAGAGUAUGGCAUCAUCCCUACAGAAGAAAAUUAUGGAUGCCUGGUAGAUCUUCUAGCUCGAUCUGGAAACAUAGAUGAAGCUAAAAAAUUUAUCAAGAAACUUCCGGUAGAGCCUACUGAAAAUAUUUGGGGUGCCCUACUUGGUGCUUGCAGAAUUCACCAGAAUCUUGAUGUGGCAGAACUUGCAAUGCAGCAUCUACGCCAUCUUGAGCAACGGGGAAGUGGUUUUCAAGCACUGUUAUCUAACCUAUAUGCUGAGAUGGAUAGAAGAGAUGGUUCUGUCAAGAUGCAGCAGGAGAUGGUUGAAAUUGGCGUGCCAAAGAGGAAAGGUUAUAGUUGGUUGGAGAGUAAGAAGGACUCAGCCGCAAUAUGUUGAAUCAAUCCAGUAUCAAUGGCAUGGGGAAGGGAGAAUGUUUUUGCAGUAUGAGAUACCAAAUGAUCCUAUUGGCACUGGGACAUAAAAACAUAAUCUUGAAAAUGUUUGGUUCGGAACAUGUUCCUCUGUGUUACUUCUUGCGCUAUAGGUCGGUUGAAGAAACACAAUGCAACUGGGGAGCUGCAAUCGAGGCUAUCAGUGAAAGAGGAAAGGAAAGACUGACAGGCAAAUGGGGCCGUUUAUUUUGAAGAAUUGACGAAGGCAUUUAAUUUAGAAACUGGAUGCAGGAACAUUCAUGCAUUUGAGAUGAUGGAGCCGAUGUCGAUCCCGACGUGAGCCACGGGCAGAGUUCAUGCAUUCCAAUGGGUGCUGUGCCAUCAGUGGUUGAAUUAGGAGCAGGGUGUGGCUGAGAUGCUGUGGCAGCAGCCUGAUGAAUUGUGAUUGAUAUCUUAAGGAAACAUCGACAGGAAUAAGGAAAGGCCAUGACUUUGUGGCAACAAGAAAUAAGCAUUCAUGGUGAAGAAGUCAGUGGCAGGCCAUAAUCCCACAAUUCAUCCCCUUAGGGUUCUAUUUCUGGCUGACUGGAAAAGCAGAUAGAUGGAAGGACAGAGACUUUGCUAAGGGGCAGAGAGAGAGAUUUUCUGUGCACAAUCAAGACAGAGACAUUGCUAAGAACUUCUAUUACAGAAUCCUCUGAUUGAUCAAAAGAGAAGCUACACACAAACACUGUUCUAUUGAACAGUUGCUUAGAACUGGGGCAAUUCAGACAAGAAGACAUGGCUGAAUUAGUUGUGCAAUCAUCAACUGGCCAAGGCUUUCCGAUAAAUAUGCAUUGGAUUUACACCUCUUUCUUUAGAUCUAGCUGUGCUGAUCUAUAAGCCUAUUAAAAGGGAUGGACAACAACAAUGAGACUUCGGUACUGUGUCUGAGAGGAUUUAUUGUAGUCGUAGGCAAAAGACCAAAGGUUAUACAUUACAGUUGCUUUCCUUGUGCC